GUUCCUGUGGAGUGACUACACGGUGGAGGUGCGCCUCAAUGACUACCUGGACAUCAUCUGCCCGCACUACGAGGAGGGGAGCGUGGACCCCCGCACGAUGGAGCGCUACACCCUCUACCUGGUGGAGCUGGAGGAGUACCAGGCCUGCAAGCCCCGCUCCAAGGAGCAGAUCCGCUGGGAGUGUGACAAGCCCAGCGCCCUGCAUGGCCCCGAGAAGUUCUCAGAGAAGUUCCAGCGCUUCACCCCCUUCACACUGGGCAAGGAGUUCAAGGAGGGGCACAGCUACUACUAUAUUUCCAAGCCCAUUCACCACCACGGGGAAGCGUGUCUGAAGCUGAAGGUGACGGUGGCUGGCAAAGGCA